GCGCUAUCAGUAUGGCAUGCGACUUCCUGUUUGUGAACACGUGACCCGGUGACGCCAUAACCACGGGUCGUCCUUAUGAAACACCAGCGUCUACUUGUCCUGCCGUUAACGUUGUAGCGAAGAUUAUGUCUAUCUACAGGAAUGCAGUUUGGUUUAUGAAAGGUCUCCAAGAAUAUACCAAGAGUGGUUAUGAAGCUGCUGCGAAGACUUUCGUCCCAGCAGACCUCGAGGUCAACCUGAGUGGGAGGUCUUUCAUGGUCACGGGAGCUAACAGCGGAAUUGGGAAAGCGACAGCACAAGAAAUCGCUAACAGAGGGGGAACAGUCCACUUGGUGUGUCGUAACCAGGGUCGGGCAGAAACAGCCCGAGAUGAAAUAGUUGAGAAAAGUAAAAACCAUAAUGUUCACAUCCACAUUGUUGACAUGUCAAGUGCGAGGCAGGUUUGGGAGUUUGGCCAAAACUUCUCACAGAACAACAGUCUUCAUGUGUUGAUCAACAAUGCAGGCUGUAUGGUCAACCAGAGAGAGCUGACUGAGGAGGGGCUAGAGAAAAACUUUGCCACAAACACGCUCGGGACCUACAUCCUCACCAUGGUUCUCAUUCCAAUUUUGAAGAAGGCUGAAGAUCCCAGAGUGGUCACGGUGUCGUCAGGCGGGAUGUUGACGCAGAAGCUGAAUGUAGACGACCUCCAGUUUGAGAAGGCAACCUUCGACGGCACCAUGGCCUACGCCCAGAAUAAGAGGCAGCAGGUGAUCAUGACCGAGAGAUGGGCCGCUCUGCACAAAGACAUCCACUUCUCCAGCAUGCACCCAGGCUGGGCCGACACACCAGCUGUUCAGUCCUCCAUGCCAUCCUUCCAUGCUAAGAUGGCUAACAAACUGAGGACAGAGGCCAUGGGCGCAGACACUGCGGUCUGGCUCGCCAUCUCAGCAGCUGCUGCCAAGCAGCCCAGUGGACUCUUUUUUCAAGAUCGCGCAGCAGUGGCCACUCACCUUCCUCUGGCCUGGUCCAAGUCUUCCUCCCUGGACCAGGAGAAGCUAAUGCUGGUUCUCGAGGAGCUGGCUCAGAAGUUUAAACCUUGACGCCUCGGUCCUCCAGGGCUUACACUCCAUUAAAGAUCCAUCAGGUUUACAUUUUUACAUUUCACUGCAGAUGGAACAGCACUCCCAAAUACUACAGGUAUCUUAAUCGGCAUCUCUGCUCCAAUGGCACAGUGAUUAUCUUAAUGUAGCCAUGUACAAAGUUUUCUUAAAUGUUUUCUUAAUGGUUUUUUUUUCCAUCUUUGUUUUUGUGGAAAGUUCAUCAGUGAGCACAGAAAGUAUUAUGAAGCUCCAAUCUAAUUUUUAAAUAGGCUUGGAGGCCCAUCGGGUCAUGUGUCCCGCUCCAGCCGAACAAAUAAAGUUUCUGCGACGAUGGAGACAAAAUGUGGACUUACCUUUUCUUUCACCGAGGCCGUUUCGUCAGGAUUCGUCUAUGAUUCUGCCAUCUGCUGUCCGUUUGAGCUCAUUGCAGUCUGCAUAUUUAACAUUAUUAGUAGGACUAAUAUAUUUGGUAAACAAAAAUCAUGGAUGCAAAAGUGGGCUUGGCUGUACUUUUUAUGUUUGUAUGUAUCAUUUUUGUUUUCUGUGUCAACCACAUUUCUCACUAUCUCGAGUAUAUAAAAUUAACAUAUCUACCUGGUUCUGUCGUCAGACGCAUGCAGUAAACAAAAACGCUCAGACAAAACAUUUUUUUAUUCUUUUUUUAAUUCAAACAGUCCAUCUGAUUAAAACACAUAAGCUCUCUGAUUUGGAUGAACUGGCUUAUUUUAAACACACAAAUAUUCAUAAAUUAUCAAUGAAAUGAGGUCCACAUUAUCGACGGUGCUGACUGUGUAGUCACAGUAAACACGACGCUGCAUCAUCGUCACCACGUACACAGUCGUACAUUCAUUGAUCGAUCCUCAAGCCGCUCACACAUAAAUCUUUCCAUUCAUGAAGUUCAUCACAAGAUAUCUAGAUAAAACCUGACUGGUUCAAGAUCCAUUUGGGCCAAGGCAUCCAUGUCUUUCUAAAAUCUAAUGUAUAUACGUACAACAUGUAAACUUGUUGCAACAUAAAUGAACCAGCCUUCACUUGAACAGCAACACAGGUGAAGCAGGACUCCGGUAACAUGAUGAUUGGAUAAGUUUGUAUAAAUUACCUUCAAUCAAACCACUGACUACUUAUAGGGCUUAAUUAUUCAACAUUCUGUGACCCCGUAGCCCCAGGAACUACAGUGCCAACACAAGCUAAGGUGUAGCUAGAGGGAGGGAGCACCCUGCAUAUAUGCAUAUAUACUGCAUAAAACAUUUUUUUAAUGGAUGAAGCUUUUAUUCAAUAAGAAGUACUUGGUUCAAAACUAGUAUCGCCAGGGUCAUUCUUAACUUGUAAUGUUGCAAGGAGUUAAAGCCACCGUGGUAGGGUCACCAGGACACAAAGCCUCCCAUCUUGCAGUAAACAAAUCUUUCUUACCAACAGAAAAACGUAGUCAUGACUAGCAUUAUUUUACAGACAGUGCCAUCUUUUGCCCAUAUAAACCAUGUGUGUAAAAUUAUUUCAGUCAUUUGUAAGGACAGGAGUGUUAACUGUGACUCCACUUGUGAAGUGUACUAAUAACUAAAAUGUUGUAUGAUGACCCGCAGAUUAUCAUCAGAUCAUAUUCAAGUAAGAAAAGAUUAGACGAUAUGAUUUGGUCUUCUUUUCUGGUUCUUAGACAUAGAGUGUGAAAUGUACAUGUGGUAAAACUACUCAUUUAUAACAAAUUGGAAUUAAAUGUAUGUCACAAAGCGAACACAACAAACAGAAUUCAGUAUAUGUAGUCAUUCCUCACAAAGUAGAGGAGUAAUGCCACAGUUGACAUAACAUAUUCAGAACUGACACAUACUGUCCUGUGUUCAUAAAAGAGGCAGUCAAGUUGACUUGACACAGAGAAUCAAAAAUGAAUACGUGUUGUGGUACUGCUCUUGUUCAAGUCGACAUAUUGUAACUUUGGCAAACAGCAAUGAAGUGUUUCCAUCUAUGAUCUGUACCAAGAUAUUUGACGGGCUGGUUUAAGAUGCUGGCAUCCAUUGUAAACAAUAAGGAUCAAUAGAGUGUGACAGACAGGAGGGAAGGCGAAGUGUCUAUAUACACCAGUCAGGCAUUACAUGGUCCCCUAUACUGUAAAUACUGUGCAUUUAAGAAGCAUCAUGAGUGGAAUGUCUGUUGAUAUGAUGCAGUGAAGUGAGAUGCCUACUUGAGCCAAAGCACACCUCAUGCCUGUUGUACGGUAAAUGCAGAGCUCCACAAUAUAAGCCAGGUAGUUGCGAUAUAACGAUCAAAUUUGAAUGAAAAGUGUCUUUCAAUGGAAUUAAAACUAAAGAUUAAAGUAGUCUGGGACAGAUUUGAUUAGGUUGAUGCAUGGAAUCAAUGUAGCACUUGUGUUUCUUGAAUCUCUCCUGACUCCCACCUGCACAGAACAGAUAAUUCACAGCAAUGUUUGACUCCUCAGAAGAAUGUCUCUCAGUAACUUGGAACAAUGACCACAAAGCGGAUUUCUGAGGAUUGAAAAGGCUGACAGGACAAUUAUGAGGAAUUAAAAAAAAAUAAAACGCAUCUUCACAUGAACAAGCACAUGAUCCUUGCACUCGUGUAAGUAACCUCGCGACUUUUCGCUGGCAUCUCUGGCUCCUCAAUAAGUCAAUCCAGUGUGCUGUUCGAGCGCCAUUCUGUUAUACGUUUCCUUUUUGAUGCUCAUUUUGUCCGAAGUCUCAGGAGACCACAGGCGUCAUGUCCCACAGCUGCAGAGGAGCAAGGACACCAGUUAGUCUGCACACCCACCAAGAGAGGAAUGUUGAAUGACGUUGGGUGGGUUAUCCACAAAUGAUGUGACUUAUUGGUCGCUAUUUAUUGGUCUGCGUUCAAAGUAGGUUAUUGUAAAGUGAAUGAUUUCAUCUGAAGAUGAGUAUGGCUACCAUGGCCUUAUUUCAUUUCUCAGUAAAAUUAAUAAUUAUAAGACUGAAGUCACAAAUUUGAGCACUUAUCGCACAAGGCUGAACAAAGAAAUUUAAACUAACCAACUAACUUUGUGUCAUGUUUCUGUAUUCUGUGCUUUCAUGUUGGCAUUUCCUGGUUGUGUGUUUUUUCUUUUCUUUUCUUUCUCACCCCUCCUCCAGCUUCACAGCAGCACAGCUGGAAUCAAACACACUAUGGGUUGCCAGAUGGUUACUUCGCGUGGUUACCUGCAGAGUCAUCUGUACACCAGCAAUGAUUUUAGUAUUUGGCUGAGCCACCAUGACGCUUUGCAUAUUUUGUGUGAGUGUUAAUGUGGGUGAACCCGGGAGGAACGAACGAGCACGACUAAUCCUUGUAAUGAAUUGAUCAUCAACCGAUCAUUAUCGGCUAAUAUCCAUGUGAUGGGUGAAUGGCGAUCACUGCCUUUCAUUGCUGAUCACAAAUACCCAUCACCUCUGACAGGUGGAAGUCUGAAGAGGCCCUGCCUGUCAGUUACAUGGCACCCCUCGCUUCCCUCACUCGCAGCAGUGUGUCUGCUGUGGCUGAUCGAUAUUGGUGAUCAGCAGCAGAGAUCUUGAACAGAGCAGUUGCACACAUGUAUAAGCAUUGCUGAGUGAGUCGCCAAAGUUUGGCAUCACUAGGUUCCCAUAACAUUGUGCGAUUGUAAAGGCAGGCACGUGUGAAGACAAUGUAGUUAGCCAUGUUUUUUUUGGCAUUUCGAGUGUGGAAAUAUUAAAACUCCCCACAGUACAAUAAUGAUGUUGGGGGGAACUAUUUCAAACAUAUGUUUUUCUCUUGUAGCAAUGUCAAAUAUAUUUAAAAGUUGCCAUAAAAGAUACUUAUUUCUAAAUCAUUAUUUUACAUCCAAAUCAACAUGGAGCUAAUGGAGGAAGUGUCCGACUCUCAAAUCUUCAUUUCCCAUGAUUGACCCCCAACAUUCUUCAUAACUCGUCGUUCAACUUAUCAUUACACAACCCCUUUGUGUCAUACAUAAACUUUUCAUCAGGACUGGGCUAGCUGGCGACUGAAUUAACCCCUCAACAGAAGACCAUUGUGAAACCAGGUCCAAUCACACGGCACAGACAAAAAAAGACUGUGCUUGGAGCUAAAGCUAGCAUACAGAACCUGUGUUUAACAACAGAAAACAGAGGGCUUGAAAGGAGAGAAGUGCUGACUGUGACCAGUCCUUUAGUGAUGACAACAGAUUCAGAUUCUGACCUUGAUGACCUUGUCAGUGCCAGAGGUCAGCAGGCUGCCAGUGGUGGGCUCAUAGUGCAUGUAAACAAUGGCGUGCUUGCUGUCGUGGAAAGUGGCGGUGGGAGCUCGACUGGAAGACACGAGAAGAGACAAUGCUGGUCAGAGACAGAAGCGUCACAGAGGUCUGAUUGUGACUCACUCCUCCUCAGUAAUGGACUCAUAGCAGCUGUCGCACACUCGCACCUCAAACUCGAAGCCCAUGAGUGGGAUCGUGGAGCGUUUGGAGGAACACUUGCCACACACUGCCUGACCACACUUCCUGCAGUGGUGCUGGUUAAUGACACAGAUUUGUUAAUAGUAACAGACAUCAUUAACACUGUAAAAUAAUUAAAGUAAAUAAUUGAACAAGAGUCCUGGUUUUUAAAGAACAACCUUCCUUUUUGCCUGAUUGUAAUCUGACUUCUCCCAACUGUGUGUUUUACAUUUUAGCCUUUUAACCUUUGCUGUACCAACUCAGCGAGGUGACCACAGAGUGUUAGCUCAAUUUUGGUUUAACCAAGCUGCGUCUGACAAGUGUGUGUGUGUGUGUGUGUGUGUGUGUGUGUGUGUGUGUGUGUGUGUGUGUGUGUGUGUGUGUGUGUGUGUGUGUGUGUGUGUGUGUGUGUGUGUGUGUGUGUGUGUGUGUGUCGCAGGUAGGUGCCAGGGUCGAGCAGGACAAUUGGAUGCAUGUAAACAAAAUGCAUCAUAGGAAUUCAAUAAACUCAAAUGAUUUGAGACAAUAAAACACACAAUGAACUGCGACCCACACUUCCUUUUGAGAAUUUCUUAAGUAGUUCCUAUUUCAAGACAGGCAUUAUGAUUCAGCUGCAAAUGAUGGACAGUAAUCCAGCAGCUUCCUGGUUGGUUUACCUGACGAAGGCCGAUCUUCUUGCUGUCCCACAUCUGCUUAAAGUUCCAGAAGAAGGGCUGUUCACACUUCUGACAAGAGUCACUGUCCAACCACUCUGGAGUCUGAAGACAAAAGUUUUUUUAAAGGAAUCAUUUUCCGAUUAACUGUGGUAAUCAGGAAAUGAGACGCUCUGCUGUGAUUCCAAUCCCAAGGAGUCACUACGGUAACAGAGCAGCUUUUCAUGCAACAAGGACACAAUAAUUAAUACCACAAUAAAUUGCAGCCUUCAAGAGGAAAAUCUUCACAAGAAAUGGAAGAUUGCUUUACAGCCAGUGAGAUGCAACUUGCAGCUUCCGGACGAUAUGGUGGAGUAUUAUAUUCGUCAAUGCAUCAUGCACCAAGAUGUAAGAACAAUGUGGAUGACGACAUAGGGAGUGUAGAGGAAUGUUUAACACAAGGGGAUGGAGUAACUGUGGCCCACUAGGACAAUUGUAGGCUGUGUAUACAACCUUUUUUAAUUUUAUCCAUUCCAUCACUAACAGUGAUUCCGUGGUGAUUAGACACUGAUCAUUCACAGACACAAUUGCAACAGGAAAUAGCUGUCACCUCUUGUCGUGACACGUCCAUAUUCCAGAUGACGAUGCUUCCGUCAGCACUGCAGGAGAUGAGCUGGCGGGUGUGCGACGCAUAGCAUAAACCCUGGAUCUUCUCACUGAGGGAACCACACGUAUAAACCAAAACCCUCACACCUUAAUACAGUUUUCAUGUACCAAUUAAGUUUGGUCUGUAUUUGAGCUAUAUAAACUAUCAGUAAGACAGAAUCCAUUUGAAAGAAAAUUGCUGUUCUUGGACUGAAUGAGAUGUCUGAUGCUUACGUUGCACAUAGAUACACACAAGGCUCUAAAUGAACUCACAAGAAAGAGUAGGUCUUACUUGUGCCCCUGCAGCUCGAUGGCAGUGCCUUUGCGCCCCCCUAUGUCCCACAUGAUGAUCGUGUGAUCUGAGCUACCAGAGAACAGAACCCUCUGGACAGGAUCCCAACAAAGUGCAGUCACAUGACCUGAAAAAUAUCACAUAUCACUCCAUUAGGAAAGAGCAAGCCUUUUGAUUUCAUGUCAUAUUAUACAUUGUUUUUCUCACACAUUAUUCAACUAAGCCACUGACUGAAUCAGUCAAACUAACUUAAACACUAUCACUACCACUGCCUUAAUAUUAUGGCCACCUACAGUAUCUCAUGAAUGAAGCUUAUAAAUGAAGGUAGCUGCUGUAACCAAACUCUCAUCAGGAAACACAAACAUCGAGAGGAUGUCUGGUUCAUCAUAGCUUGAACUCUAAUAAUGUUAAGAAUUAUAAAUGCAUGAAAUGCUGCAGGCUGCAGAUUUCUGAGAUGUAUUGGAGGAGUGUCAGUGGGUCUACAUAUAAAAAAAAACAUCUGAUUUUUUAAAUAGGUGGUGAAGCCAAACUAAUCUCACAGAAUAUUGAAUAUUUAUAAAGUGACGUUUUAGAAAGUAUUGGUCAAGAUUGUGAUGGAAAACUGUUACUGUUCAGACAAAUGUAAUGUUAACAUUUCUCUUUGUUUACUCUCUGAGUGCAGACUGAGUUUGUCACAGAUACUCAAGGUUGUUGCUACAGUCUUGUUUGUCAUCUUCAAUAUUGUUGUCUACCCCUCCUGUCCAGUGAAUUAAAGUCUAUGCUGGCUGAGAAUUCCUCAGUAAGACUGUGAACUUCAUCCUGCGGAUUAUGUAUGUAUUCUCACUCUCUUUGCAGAUUUCUUUCA